UAUUUGGUUCUUGUUAUGUUUGAACUAGGCAUAUUAUGAACUUCUAGUUUUAUUUUGUUGUUUUUAUUUAGGUGGAAAAACAUGGUUUUGCUAGUAGUAAUCAAAACAACAAAACCAUGUUACACUUUUACCACAAAAACAUGGUUCAUUUUCGUAAGGUGGUGAGACGCUGUUAAAACAACUUGCGACUCUUUGAAGAGCGACGGCCUCCUACACAGGUCUUUGUUUUCACAGCAGUGCAGCAGGUGGAGGAGCUGAUGGAUGCCGACAGGUCGCUGGAGCUCAGGUGAUUGUUGAGUCUUGAGGCCUUUUAUCGAAAGUCAGGAGGGAACGAGACGAGAGCCGCGGGCUUCGGCAAUGACUCUGAAUGCUUUUGGGUCUGACUGUUACAGAAAUGAUGAAAAGAUUAAAAAAACUGGCUUUUACCAUCUCACUCUGGGAAAGAAACUUUCACACACAACAUGAAGCUCAUAGAGCUGUUUGCGUGUAGGGACAUCUGUUCCACUGACGCGUCAAGGUGCCUCCAACAUUCCCCACGGGCCUGAAAUGGAGAACCCGGUGCUCUGGAAACAAAUGAGUUCUUGGAUCCACGUUGUCCCCCGUGACGAGAGAUAGAGACUCGCAAGACGUAGUCGAAGGUGUGUCCCGAAUCAUGGGCCAUCACGAAAGUCAUCCUUCUUCAGGAAUUAACAGAUUAUGAUGAUGAUGAAGGUCUCUCUGUUGUGUCUAAGGAUCCGCAACGCUCCAACAGAUUGAUACCCAGGGCAGAAUUCCAUGUGUGGCUCCGGACCGUUGGCUGAAUGUUUGAUGCAUACUGCACACUUUAGCAGCUUCAAAGUCGUCCUCUGAUUGGUUGAACUAUACAGGAUUUCCGGAAGACGUGCAUGUUGUCAUCUUUACCGAUCUGCCUGGAAACAUCACAAAGCUGAAAAUGGAGCCUCAUGGGAAGGACAUCAGGCGCCACCCAAACCUCUUGCCGUAAAACUACACCUUUAAAUCACCAAAGGCCUUAACCUUGUCUUAAUGGAAUCAGUGAAUGCUGAUACACCACUGGCCAAAUGAGGACGGCUAUUACUCGCACCGGCCCAAGGAGAAAGUCCGCGUUGACAGCAACAACGAGAAUUCCGUUCCUAAAGACUUUGAAAACAUAGACAACAGCAAUUUCGGGGCACGUUCCCAGACGCAGAGACACGUGCCCGGCAAGCACAAACAAAACCUGCUCGAGAAAGCCCAUGCACAGCAAAAUAAGAACUCCAAUGAGGUUAUUCAGUAUGCACAAAGCAAGGGGAGCUACAAUCAGACACGAACAGAUUCUCAUCGGAGAGCCAAAACCACCCUCAGCCCGCAACAAUCCCAGCAGCACCGGCACCACCUGCAGCAGGCCAAGAAAUCAGCCCCGCCCACCGCGGACAUCAAGUACGACCAGCCGCCCAAAUGCGAGAUCAGCGGCAAAGAGGCCAUCUCCGCCCUUUCUCGUGCCAAGACCAAGGAGUGCCGGCAGCAGAUAGCUGAGGUUUAUUGUCGCCACAAAGAACGGCAGCUCAUGCCUGAGAAGGUCACCCGUUAUUGCCCCAUAGAGGGCAAGGUGAAUAUGAAUGUGCAAUGGGAGGAGGACUCUAUGGAAACCAUUCCUGCGGUUCCGGUGCGGAUAGCCUUCAUGUUAGUGGUCCAUGGACGAUCUUCUCGCCAAGUACAGCGGCUUUUCAAGGCCAUAUACCACACGUCCCAUUUCUAUUACAUCCAUGUGGACCAGAGAUCCAACUACCUGCACAGGCAGAUGGUGGCUCUGGCCGACCAGUACCCAAACGUCCGGGUCACGUCAUGGCGCAUGUCUACAAUAUGGGGCGGUGCCAGCCUUCUCACCAUGUACCUACAGAGCAUGAAAGACCUGUUGGCCAUGCGGGAUUGGCCCUGGGAUUUUUUCAUCAACCUCAGUGCUGCCGAUUACCCAAUCAGGACCAAUGAUCAGCUGGUGGCCUUCCUGUCCAAAUACAGAGAUAUGAAUUUCAUCAAGUCUCACGGGAGAGAUAACGCUCGAUUCAUCAGGAAACAGGGUUUGGAUCGGCUUUUCUUUGAGUGUGACACCCAUAUGUGGCGGCUUGGAGACAGGAAAAUUCCAGAAGGCAUUUCUGUGGAUGGAGGCUCUGACUGGUUUCUCCUCAAUCGGAUGUUCGUGGAGUACGUCAUCAACUCUCAAGAUGAUCUGGUGACGAACAUGAAGCGUUUCUACGCGUACACACUCUUACCUGCAGAGUCAUUUUUCCACACGGUUCUGGAAAACAGUCCGCAUUGCGAGAGCAUGGUGGACAACAACCUCCGCAUCACCAACUGGAAUCGUAAGCUGGGCUGCAAAUGUCAAUACAAGCACAUCGUGGACUGGUGCGGCUGCUCUCCUAACGACUUCAAGCCAUCCGAUCUUUCUCGUUUCCAGCAAACCACCAGGCCCACAUUCUUUGCGCGGAAGUUUGAAGCCAGCGUGAAUCAAGAGAUCGUGAACUUGCUGGAUGUCUUCCUGUACGGGAGUAUGCCCCAAGGCACACCGGGUCUCAAAGCCUACUGGGAAAAUGUUUUUGAUGAAGAGGAUGGUAUUCACAGCCUGUCUGAUGCGCAGCUCACGCACUACCACGCCUUCGGCCGAUUGGGCCUGGCUCGAAAUGACAACUCAUUACAGGGAGACCCCAGUGACAACAGCUGCAGGUAUUUCGCUAUGGGGCAUCCCGUCUCUGUCCACAUCUACUUCCUGUCUGAUGAAUUUCAUGGAUACUUGGUCAGACAUCAUGCCACCAACCUGGCAACCAGCAAACUCGAAACCCUGGAGACAUGGGUCAUGCCCAAGCAGUUCUUCAAGUUUACCAAUCCACCCAAUACUUUUAACCGACUACAGUUUGCAGAGAUCGGAACGGACUGGGAUGCCAAAGAAAGGAUUUUCCGUAACUUUGGGAAUCUGAUGGGUCCCAUGGACGAGCCUGUGGGAAUGCAGAAGUGGGGAAAAGGGUCAAAUGUCACUGUGACCGUGGUGUGGAUUGACCCCACCAACGUCAUUGCUGCUACCUACGAUAUCCUGAUCGACUCCAGUGCUGAAUUCACUCAUUACAGGCCCCCACUGAACCGACCCCUGCGGCCGGGCAUGUGGACCGUACGUGUGCUUCAUCACUGGAGCCCUGUGGCCGAAACCCGCUUUCUGAUCACCCCCCUUACUCACCACAAACACCUGCCAAUGCGUCAAGAGGACACUUUGAGAAUGCACAACGGGCCACCCAAGAACAGUUACAUGGAGCAGAGUUUCCACGGCCUCAACCCCAUUCUUAAUAUUCCAGUCCAUCUGGGCCAGGUAGAGGCAGCGGAGCUCAACGCCGGGCUUACGGGGUUUGAGCUGGAACGCUGGGUGGACAGUCUGGUGGGUCAGGUGUGGUCUGCUGUGGACGUGUGUUCAAUAGGCCCCAGUGGCUGUCCGGUUAUGCAGACAUGCAGGGAAACGGCAUGGAGCUCUCUCAGCCCGGACCCAAAGUCUCAACUGGGCCCCCCCAGAGCCAACGGGCGAAUCAGGUAGCAGCAUUCGCAACCCUGAGGACUGACAGCCUUUUUUUAGGUCGUUUUUUAUUUAUUUUCCAGCGUCGCUCAUUGUCUGCUCUCAAAUGCAAAAGUGGAUGCUGGGAAGUUCAUUUUAAAGAUUUUUAAAUGCGUGCCCAGCUGGUUAUUUUAAACUCUCGAGUGCUCUAGUGAUGUGAGUGCUGUAAAUCUUCUUUCUACUUUAUUUAUUUUAAAUACUGUGAUUGAAUUUUUGUUAACUGGACGCAGCAGAUGUAACUGCUGAAUGCUGGAAUGCAAUUUUAAGCACAGAAUGGACUUGAACACUGGUUGUAAGACCAAAAGAGAUGUUUGUAUGGUAAAGCCUCUAUAUUUAACACAUUUCAUUGUAGGAUCAGUGUUUUUCAACUUAUACUUUAUUAAAAUCAUUUUUCUGAUCAUACAGUGGCCCCAAAUAUAAGAUGCAUUUUAAUAUGUGUGUACACUAUACACUGUAAAAAAAAUGAAAGCUGCUCUACGUAGAGGCGGGGUGCAUGAUUUUUGAGAAACGCUUUGGAAAAGGGAGUCGGGCCGAGUACCAAAAGACACUUGUAGCCAAUCAGCAGUAAGGGGCGUGUCUAUUAACCAAUAUCGCUGCCUGGAUUGUGUAUGUGUGGGGCAGGUCUUUCAAAAGAAGGUCCAGAUUCUAUUGGGGUAGGGGCGUGUUUGUUUAGGUGAUUUCAAAUGUCAACAUUGGCUUUCAGAGAUCAUGCAGCCCCGCCUUUAAUAAACUUACUUCAAUUGGAACAACUUAAAAAAAAAAAUUUUAUAAACUUACAUUUUCUAACUUUAAGUGAAAAUUUUAAAGUUCAAUUGGUAACCGCUAAAAUAUUUAAACAUUUUAACUUAAAGUGAGAAGAUUUAAAUUGAAAAUUUUUUUACAUUUUAGGCAUUGUCAAUUGAAAUUAUUUUUUAAGUUGAUCCAACUUUUACUUUUUACAGUGUAAAACAAAAUAUAAAUCUAGGUGGUGUUUUAUUUUAUUUUAUAAAGCACAAAUAAACUUUUAGCACAACAUUCAGGGUUUCCUGGAGCACUUUGCAGUUCGGGCGGCCCACCUAAGCUGGAAAACCUUACCGCCUUAACUAGGUCGUCAAAAAAAAAAAAGAAUUUGCUGCACAAAAGGCCGUCAAAUGCAUUUCGGAGAAUAGCAUGGACGUGCUUCACACCGCGAGCGGGCACGCGCGCCACACGGCAGAAAUGGUCGGUCACUGUCUGGAGGAUAGCAAGUUAAUAAAACGUGUGUCCGUGAAAAUUAUAAGUGGACUUAUGUUUUGGGUUUAUUUAAGCCUGUUAUUGUCAGGGGUGCAAACUCAUCAGAGGUGAAAAAGGUGACAAGACACAAGCGCUCUUAUAUAAGCGGAUAUGCGGCUUGCACGCUCCUCUUAAACAGAAACAAGUAUAUAGCGCAUAUAGCACUGUUGUCAACGGCUUAAAAUAACUUAACUUAAAACUGCGGUGCGUGAACAAAUGUUAAGCUUUAUGACCACGCGCACAGCAACGUGACGUGGGCGCGUAACCUCAAAUGAGAAAAUACUACGAGUUAAGUAUGUGCACUCAAUCUGCAGACUGCUUAAACUUCGGCAGCAAAUGAGGUGGCUAUAAAUUGUAAAACCUAACCCGCCAAACUGGCUAGUAAUUUGACAUCGUUACCACAAUAGCUGGACAUGAUUUUCAUAAUUUAAUUUACUGCUACCAUGUCGCAGACCCCCCUCACCCCUCAUUUUCAAAAACUCAUCGGAUCUAGACGAAUCACAAGAAUGACCUAUUUUGUAUCAAAAAACGGCGAAUUUCGCCGAAAGGUGACAUGUUUGCACCCCUGAUUGUAUUAGUCUAUAGUUUUUGCACAUUUAAAGUAAGUUAGCUGGUGAUUUUUUUGUUUGAGCAACCUGCUAGCUAGGUUUCACGUGCCUGUUGAUUCGAUAUAAUUGUUGAGCGCUCUUGCUCACGUUAUUUAUGUGCAUUAUUUACAUGCUACAGUAGUUACACUCCUUUAAGAUAAUGUAAUUAAUAGUGGGAAAUAAUCAGUUUUUACAAUCUUCGCGCUAUCGAUCAUUGUUCGCCAGACGCUCUACAACAUCUGCUUUGUGUUUAUUAACCCUUUAGUUUCACUUCAUCACGCAGCUAUUCCCGUUAGAGGUAAAAACAUUUAAUUAAUUAAUAAUUGUUUAUGUGUUCAUUUUCUGUCAUAGUUUCUUCAAAAUUAAGUUUUAUUUGAGUGUUUUUAAUAAAAAUAUUUUCAUUUUCACCAUGACGUGUACGCAACGCCCCUUUGAUUGCCACGCACCCCACCCAACCCUACCACCUUAACUAAAAAAAAAUUAGUUUCUGCUGGAAACCCUGACAUUUCACAAAAUUGUUAACAUAAAAGAUUACAAAAUAGAUAUAUUGUUCAAAACUAACACACAAUAUAUAGAUGAAUAUGCCUGCAUAAAUCCAGCAAAAGGAAUAUUAUUAUAAAUAGUACUUAUAAUAUUGAAACCAGUUAAUGCAUUUUAAAUGUGAUUGUACAAAUUGUACUAAAAUGUCUUAAUAUUUUGGGACCACUGUAUAUAAUUGUCACCAAAACAACAUUGCAGAAUUGGGUAGUCUUUAUAGAAAUACUUCUUGUUUCUGUCAAAUAGGAAAAAGUUUGCUUUUGCAAAACCCCGAAAACAGUAACUUUUUAAUAAGUUAUUGGUUGAAAAACAUCUGUUUUAAACGAAUAUUGAGCUUUUGACGAGCAGAGUUUCAGGCCACAUUGCCACAUUUCUUUAAGAGAGUGAAUCAAGAGUAGCAUGUGCUUGGGGACUCUGUGAAGUGGCAGACUGCUGACGCUCUCCCAUGUGAGCUGUGCUGGCGCUCUGUCUGACUUCUGUCUGUAUGCUGUUGUUCCCCUUCAGGCUACCCAAACUUGAAGUGGAAGAUGCCAGCUGUGCUGGCACACGGAGAACGAAGUAAUUUCUCCACUUUUUAUUGUAUCGUAUUUAAUUUUUCCUUUCCCCUUAAACAGAGGUACUGGGUAGCUGAGGGUUGUACUGUAAGUUGGCUAUUUAUUCAUGUGUUUAUAUAAAUGAAAUAGAUAUUUUUUAGUCAAUGACUAAUGCCUACAUGCUGUUUUUUGCAGCUUAUUCAAUACCUUUUGUAAACGAGCUGCCUUUAUUUACAAAGGCUAUUAUCCCAACUGUAUAACUUCAAACGCGAGAUGCGGUACUAUAGUACAGGCCUGAGAUCCACCUGUCCAUGUCAUAUUCACUAAGCUCACUGGGAAAUUAACUGUAUAAUCUCGAAUGACCUCAAAAACUGAGAUUUAUGUCACGCUGCUUUUGAUUUCUUUAUUUUGGUCUUUUCAUAUGAGCCAAUGUUUGGUAUGUUUGCCAUGUGUUGCAUAAAUCUUGCUGGACUGGUUGGUAGCAUCCACACAAUGUCACUGGAAUCGCUUCCAGAAGUUGCCUGGAUGAGAUUUUAACUGCUCCCAGUCGCAUGUACACCAUUUGGACGUCAAAUGUUCCAGACUGGGCUUUCCGGAUUACUUGCGUACAUAAUAAUAAUGAUUUGGACCUUUCGGACGUAUUUUUAGAAGAUUGCAAGCUUGCCGGACUGAAGUUUGCAUUGGACCAACAUUUUCUUCAUUUUUGCAAACCUUUUAUGUUUUUACAUAACUCCAUAUUCAAACCAGGCUAGUGUGGGUUGUUGCACCCUAUCAUUUAAGGAACAGAUCUCCUCUGGGACUUUAAGCCUGGCCUUGUCAUUACUUUGUAUGCAAUCUGUUAUCUGGUCCUCAGAGAUGUGGUGUCCCACCCAGAGUGCUCAAGCGUCGAAAUGUCACCAUCAACAUGUGAUCAAAAGGAGGCUCGUAAAUUGAAAUUUUUGAGCAUACAUUCCCAGCGGUCUGUGAAAUGGGAAUGCAUCAUUAAAAUUUUUAGCAGAGGGUCUAAUGCUUGUCUAAGUGGUGUUACAUCUGUACUGUACAUGCGUGAAAGUGCAAAUUAUUUGAUAUUCUUCAAAAAGAGAGAGAAAUUAUAUAUAAUUAUCUAUUCAUGUAUGUUUCAAAGAUUUUAAGCCAAGAUCUUGGUUUGUUAAGUGAGCCUUUUUGGAUAGUUGAAAUUGAACUGUAUGAUAUGUUGAGAACUAUUAGACACUUAAAGGUGAAAUGUGUCAUUUUUGCAAGGGAAAAAUAUUUUUAAUAUGCAGAGACCGCUUAUAAGUAAGCCAUUCAAAUUUUGACUUUGGUGGAUGUAACGUAAAAAGUGAAAAUGUUUGGAAACGGUCGGUUUGCUAGAAAUUACAUACUUCACCUUUAAGAAAAUCCCUGUAGUGGGUGGAUCUAACCUCACAACCUCCUCCUUUCACAUGAAUUACAAUUUUAAAUGUCUAUUCUGCGUACGUUAAAAAGAUAUUUAUUACAUCACUCGGACAUCUCUUAUGUACUAUAGUUAUUUUGGUAGGAAUGACGAUGUAAAGUAUUUUGUAACGGACAGAUGUUAUCAAAGUAUUGUAAAUAAUCUUAAGUUUAAAAAAAAGUGUCGGUGUGGUGUUGAGGAAAAUCUCAUGUGAAAAUGCGGAGGGUCUGUGAAGGGCUGUGCUGGUACGAGUGUGUGGUUUAAUGAACAUUUUUGCCUUUCAGAGAAUCUUGUGGCGUUCUCUGUGCUGGAAUGUUUUGUUGAGCAACUGUUGCACAAUUUAUUUAAACCCCUUGAGCUCUUCAGUUAUAGGGGACCUCUGUGCCUUAGGUAUUGUCCUGUCAUACCUUCUGUAUGUAAACAUCAAACGUGUCAUCUCUGUAUCUUUUCAUUUCUCCACAAAACCAAAAAUACUGCUGUUGUAAAUGCCUUGUGUAUCAAUGUUGGUUUUGUUUUCUCUUCAUACCGAAUUUUCGAAUAAAACAACAACUCCUUUGUCA